GAUCAAGAGAUCUGUCUGUGUGCUUCCUACUCGCGAAAUCGGCCGGUGAGUGAGAGCAACCCCCGAGCUUCAUAUAUAUACGAUCUGCUGUUACUAUCCCUUCCCUUUGUUAUCCCCUAACCUACCAUCCCGCGCCAAUGCCCCAAGUCUAGAAAGAGGAGCCAGGAUUCGUCGAGAUGGACAAGCUCUAUGACGUUGUCAUUGCUGGAGGAGGACCGAUUGGACUCUGUCUAGCCUGCGAGUUAGGACUGGCGGGGUCUUCCGUACUCGUCCUUGAGCGCGAUCCCGAACGAGAGUCGCCAUGGAAGAUUUCGCCGCUAGGCCUUCGGGGCAUUAACACGCAGUCGGUCGAGGCCUUCUACCGGCGCGGGCUCCUGAACAAGAUCCUGGGCUCUGGUAUCUUCGACCCUGAUGGGCGGCCGCAGUCAUUCCAGAAGAAGCCUGGAUUUGCUUUCGGCGGGCAUUUCGCCGGCAUCAUGAUGAACGCCAACAAGCUCGAACUGGACCGAUUCCAGUACCGAAUCAACGGACCGGCACUGCAACCAGGGCCCACGACACUCGACCGUGUCGAGUCCGCGCUGAGCGAUGCCGCCGUGGCCUUGGGAGUCAUGAUCCUCCGGGGUCACAGCGUCAAGAAAAUCGCAGCACCAGAUGAACACGCCGUCACUGUCGAAACUGCGGACGGCCAAUUUUUCCGCGGCAAGUGGCUUGUGGGGUGCGACGGCGGACGAAGCGUGGUUCGCAAGGCCGCAGCCUUCGACUUUCCCGGGACAGAGCCCAAGUUCACAGCCUAUGCGGUCUACUGCGACCUCGAGCACGCGGAGACACUGAAGCCUGGGUUCAACCCCACGAAAACCGGAAUGUAUAUUACGGGUGCCAAACCUGGCGCGCUGUAUCUGGUCGACUUUGACGGUGGCGCGUACGAUCGCGGUCAGGAAAUCACGCGCGAGCACAUUCAGGAGGUCUUGUGCCGUGUGUCAGGGAUGUCAGACAUAGAGAUUACCCAAAUCCACCUCGCAUCUGCGUUCACCGACUCAUCCAGGCAAGUCACAAGCUACCGCAAGGGUCGUGUGCUGCUCGCUGGUGAUGCUGCGCACAUUCACCCGCCGCUUGGAUCACAGGGUCUCAAUGUCGGCAUCGGCGACGCCAUGAAUCUCGGCUGGAAGCUGGCCGCAACGGUGCGGCGGGAAGCCCAACCCGACCCUGGCCCGGACUUCAAGCUGCUGGAUACAUAUGAAGCGGAGCGCCGGCCAAUCGCUGCGUGGGUACUCGACUGGACGCGUGCACAGGUGUCGACCAUCCAACCAGACGAGCAUGGCGCCGCGAUGCAACGUCUUAUCCGCGAUGUUAUCGACACGACGGACGGUGCGAACCUAUUCAUUGAUCGUGCCUGGGGCUUGACACAGCGGUAUGAUUUGGGUGAUACACAUCCACUUGUCGGGAUGAGCGCACCGGAUUUCGAGAUGAAUGAUGGCUUGAGGCUGGGAGACAAAAUGCACGGCGGCCAUGGGUUGCUUGUCGAUUUCACGGACGAUGAGGACCUCAGGGGCCUGGUUGCUUGCACCAAUUUAGGGGUUAGAGUCGACUAUGUUGGUCUCGGUGCAAGAGACGCGCGUGGCCUACGUGCUUUGUUAGUGAGACCAGAUGGCAUUGUUGCUUGGGUCGCGGAAGAGGAUGGCAGUCUUGAUGUCGAGGCAGCCAAGCUUGCUUUGGGGUGGUGGUUCGGGUUUUGAAUGAACAUGAUUGUGUAAAAUGCUGGUGUGGUUGAAAUCACCCUUGUUAGGAUGUAUGAUAGCACUGUACCGUAUGAACACUCAAUAUAGAGCAUUAGAUGAAAAAAUGUCAAUCAAAGUUGGUUUGACCAUCCCAUUUCGAACAUAACGUAAGGUAUUGUGCCGAACGAAGCAGUAUGUCUUCGGAUGU